GAGCGCCAGAGACAGCGGAUUGCAGCGUGUAGCGGAGCGCCGUUCCUCACCCCGUUACCGACCGAACUUCAUCGGCUGCUACAUGGAAAAACACCGCGAGGCUUGAGAAACAAGAGGGAAAAUACCAACACCAGGCAAAUGGCUGAAAUCACCAAUAUCAGACCCUCCUUUGAUGUCUCACCCAUCGUGGCCGGGUUUAUCGGGGCCACAGUACUGGUGGUGUCGGUCUCGCUGACCGUCUUCGUAUGGACCUGCUGCCAGAGGCGCCUGGCCGGCAACACCAAGAACCCCCCCUACAAGUUCGUCCACAUGCUGAAGGGCAUCAGCAUCUACCCAGAGACACUGAGCGGCCGCAAGAAGCUGGGACGCCCGCGGCGGGAGAAGGACGGUGCCGGAGGAGGGGAGCGAGAGGCGGGGGGCGACUGCUUCCACCCAGAGUCCGGCCAGUGCUCUGCCCCCUUCGUCGAGGGGCUGCCUUUGACGUCAGGUUACCAGGAGAUCCCAGAUGACGAAGCCUCCCCCAAGGACAGCACCAGCUCCUUGGACAGCAAGGCACCCUCGCCCACCUCGCCGGAGACAGAGGUCAGCCUGGGCAACCUGAGCAUCACUGUGGACUACAACUUCCCGAAGAAGGCCCUGGUGGUGAUGAUCCAGGGGGCCCACGGCCUGCCGGUGAUGGACGAGACCACACUGACCUCUGACCCCUACAUCAAGAUGACCAUACUGCCCGAGAAGAAGCACCGCGUCAAGACGCGGGUAAUGAGGAAGACCCUGGACCCAGUGUUCGACGAGACCUUCACUUUCUACGGGAUCCCUUACAGCCAGCUUCAAGAACUGCUCCUCCACUUCCUGGUCCUCAGCUUUGACCGGUUCUCGCGGGACGACGUGAUCGGAGAGGUGACGGUGCCACUGGCCGGGAUCGACCCCGGCAGCGGGAGGGUGCAGCUGACACGGGAGAUCUUACCCCGAUGCAUACAGAAGUGCGUCAGCAGAGGGGAGCUCCUGGUGUCGCUCUGUUACCAGCCCGUCACACACAGGCUGAGCGUGGUGGUGCUAAAGGCCAGACACCUGCCCAAGAUGGACAUCAGCGGCCUCUCAGGUAACCCCUACGUCAAAGUCAAUGUCUACUACGGACAGAGACGGGUGGCCAAGAAGAAGACGCACGUCAAGAAGUGUACACUCAACCCAGUCUUCAACGAGUCCUUUGUCUUCGACGUGGGGGCCGACAGCCUGCGGGACGUCAGCGUGGAGUUCCUGGUCAUCGACUUCGACCGGACGACCAAGAACGAGGUGGUAGGGUGCGCGGUGCUGGGCGCCAACAGCCCCAGCCCCAACGGCCUCGAUCACUGGCGGGAGAUCUGCGAGACCCCUCGAAGACAGCUCGCAAAGUGGCAUCCCCUGAUUGAGUAUUAGACCCAGGGAACGGGAGGGGAGAGAGAGAGAGAGAGUGGGGAGAAAGGAGGGUGCCUGGGAACUUGAACCAUAUACAGGAACUCGGAUCUAGUGAUAGAAGAUAACUGCGUCAAAGAAAAACUGUGACAAAAAAAUAUUCUUGUUUGCUGCAGUGUGACCCACUCACGCUGUCGAGUUCAAAAACCCGUGAGUCUUAUGUAUUCCGCAAACCACCCACGUUACCUGCAUGUCUAACUGAAGCCUGUACCUUAUUUGCAAAUACUUAACGCACUUUGACGUUGCCCAACCUUGACCUUUGUCCGUUGACCUGUUACUUCUGCGUGUUCUCGGUGAGGGAGCAGGUCAGAGGCGAGAGACCCCCCCCCUCCACCACCUUGAGGUGAAACCCACCUCGAGCGUAGGCGCGCGGCAUCCCCUGACGGGU